UUAUGGUAGGAUGAGGUGGGAGGAGGAGCUCAAACGCAAGCACCACAGGGGCUAGCGAUGACCCUAUAAAACAGGGGGAAACAACCCGACAGAUCAUCAGACGCUGCCACGGCCUGCGGUGAUUGUUCAUCCCUGCUCGCCUUCAGAGUCGAUCCCUCGCCAUGUCGUCGCUGUCACUGGUGUUGAUGGCCGCCCUCACGUGCCUCGCUUAUGGCACCAUCAGGAGCGCAGACGUUGUCUCCCCUAGCUACCGUGUCGACGCCGGCUACUACCGGAGCCCCGCUCGCGGCUACUCUUACUACUACAAUCUCCCCGGAGUCUACGGUGCUUCCGCCUAUGCCACUUCCGGCGAGUAUUUUGGCGAGCAGGUCACAGCCACCACCCAGCGCACCUUCUUGGACUUCGUCGACGCUUUCCGCCCGUACCGCGUGUCGCGCCUGGCUGGCGACGCCUUGGUCAGGUCGUACAUCAGAUAUGGCUCCUUCGACGAAUGCUUGGCUGACUUCCGGAAUCUUCGCCCUAUCAGCGUGAGGGUAAUCACUCCUUCGGUCGCCGGCCUUUCAGGUCUGCUGGGUAGCCGGACAGGAGUGGCUGAACGUUCCUACACCAGAGUACAGCAGGAGGAUGAAGUCAUCGGCUAUGCUGGCUACCUGCGAAAUCUCCCCUAUGAGGUAAAGGUCAUCAAGUCCGGAUGUCAACUUGAAGGCUUCCCCGGCGCGCACAACUGCAUCGUCGUCAGCGACCCCAGCUACGAGGGCAGCGUUCGCCAGUUUGUCUACGUGGAUCGCCAGGUCGCCCAAGAGUCUGACUACAACGUCUACAACCGCAUCAGGACGCCAGUCUACGUCAACUAGACACAUGGAGCCUUUGACUCUCACCUGCAUCUAGCAGUCCUACGGAGAACUGAGCAAACAGCGAAGACAGACUUGCCAGCUUGGCAAUGGGCAACAGUUCUGCCUUUGGUGUUGGGGAGAAGGCUGAAACGCCAGCUAAACAAAUAUUGAAAAGUAGCUUUUGACUGUGCAAAUCUGCUUUGUUGCAUAAAAUUUACGUAUUGCUCUGCUGGUUCUUCUUCUAUCAUUCCCAUUAUAUCCCUACAUUUUGCUGUCUGUAUUUUAUUGUAAACCUGAACUCGAACAAGAUUUUGUGAAAAUGUCUUUGGGAAAAGUCAAUGUGUCCUGUCCUUUCAUUUUUUAGUUUGACCGAAGAUAGACUUUCUCUUUUACAAGAAACUGGUGUGUGCACGAAACAAAGAUUUGAUUCACGCACGCACGCACACAUACACAUACGUGUGCAUGGUAAACGAUUAUCUGAGCCAUUUAGACCUCUUUUGCAGUGCUUUUGUAACCUUAGAGCACAAGGUAUAAUGUAAUAUUGCAAUAUCUCUGCCGCAUAAUGCUGUUAUGUAUUCAGUUAUCUAACGUGUCGUAAUCUCUUAUUUAUUGCACGAAAUAUAAACAAAAAUGCCGUGGAAUUACAUGGUUGUAACCUUUCUGCCUUUUAAAAUAAACCAGGUUUGCCUGCAGACUAAGAAGUUUUAAAA